AUGUCGGUAGCCGGCGAGAAGUACUAUCUUUACCAUUACAAUCCGAGCAGACCUGCAGCAAUUGUUUUCAUUGCCUGCUUCGCCAUCACAACCCUUCUGCACACUUUCCAAUUACUCAAGAAGCGAACAUGGUACUUCAUACCAUUUCUCAUCGGUGGUUUCUUUGAGACCCUUGGCUAUGUCGGACGAGCUCUCAAUGCGGGGCAGACCUAUGGGAACUGGACGACUGGUCCCUACAUUAUGCAAAGCUUGUUGCUACUCUUGGCUCCUGCUCUAUUCGCCGCUUCUAUAUAUAUGGUUCUGGGGCGCAUCAUCGUGUUGACUGAUGGCGAGGCACAUUCUCCGAUUAGGGUCAAGUGGUUGACGAAAGUCUUUGUGGCUGGAGAUGUUAUCUCUUUCUUGGCACAGUCUGGAGGUGGCGGUAUGCUUGCAAAGGCCAAAUCGAAAAGCGACACCAACACUGGCGAGCAUGUCAUCACUGUCGGUCUCGGUAUCCAAGUUCUCUUCUUCGGUCUCUUCAUUAUCGUCGCUGGCAUCUUCAACUACCGUCUCCGCGCCAUGCCUAGCCUUCGUUCCAAGCAACUGACGGUUCCAUGGCAAAGCUACUUGUUCGUACUAUACGGUGCCAGUUUGAUGAUCAUGAUUCGAUCAGUAUUCCGUAUCGCCGAGUAUGUCAUGGGACAAGACGGCUUCUUGUUGGCGCACGAGUACUUCCUGCAUAUCUUCGACGCCACGUUGAUGUUCUUGACGAUGGUACUAUUCAAUGUCUAUCAUCCAAGCAGGAUUAUCACCAAGGCCACACUAAAGGGCCACAACCGCGACCCGGAGUCUCAAGAUAGCAGAUAUGAACUCAGACAGGAGAGUGUUGCUAUGGGUCCGAAGCCUUAG